ACAUGAUGUUUUUGAUAGAGCAAUAUCCAAGUCUCUCUGCCUGUGAAAUGCCAUCAUUUAGCAGGAAAAAGUUAUUUGAGGUUAAAGGUUUUCUCAAGCCCUCUACUGAAGAGUGGAAGUCAGAAGUGAAACGCGUGCUUUUGGAUCAAAUUUCCACAAAUUCCCACAGAAAUGGGAGAGCAGCCCUGGUGAUCUGUGAAACCAUCAAUAAAGUCUAUGAUCUAAAAGAAGAGCUAAAAGACAGCAUCCCAGGUAAAGUCAUUGUCUAUGCACGCAGUGACACAAACAGCUUGGGUGCACUAGAUAGAAAACUGAAUCCUGGUGAUGUGGUUCUUGCCACAAACCUUGCAGGGCGUGGGACAAAUAUUAAAGUCACCGAUGAGGUAAAUGAAAAUGGAGGAUUAUUUGUGCUCCUCUCCUUCCUUCCUGAGAAUGAAAGAGUGGAACACCAGGCCUUAGGGCGAACCGCACGCAAAGGUAACCCUGGAUCUGCUCAGCUGGUUAUAUCCACUCAACAUCUGCAGGAGUGUUACAGGGCAGUGUCUUCUCUGGAGGAAGCUAAGAAAAUGAGGGAUAGUCUUGCAAUAGAGCAGAUGCAGGACAUGCAGAAGGAUAUUGAUGAGAUGAAACUGCGAGAGGAUCUGUUUUCAGAGUACUGUGAAACCCUUCAAGAAAUUUACAAGAGCACAGAUGAAGAUGAACAGAAGGCUGUUGUCCCCAUCAUGAAUGAGUUCUGGGGGAUUUGGCUGCAAGCAAAGUCUGAAGAAAUUGAUCAAUUGAAGAGAAGAGAACUGCAGAAGAGCUUGAGAGCUGAUUUGGCAUUUGCAAAAAAGCAGACUGAAAGUCAGAAUUCCCCAUCUUCUAGUAUUUACCACUACGUCAAGUUUGGGAAUAUUGCACUGAAGGAAGAGAAAUGGGAUGUCAGUGCCAGGCUCUUUCAAAAAGCCAUUAACCAAGAUGCAAGUUGGGCAGCCAUAGCUUUUUACAAUCAUGCAUACUGCAUUAUAAAGCAACAUUCUGGUGAUUAUCUCACUCAAGCUAAAGAUGAUCUGAAGAAGGCACAAGAUUCUCUGAAGUACUUUAGUGAGGAAUGCUUGGUUAGCCUGAGCUUUAUAAAAAUGUCAGCUCCCAAAUCUGCAAAGAGUAAGGAAAGCAGCCUUGAAAAACAGUAUUCCACUAAGUGCAACAUGCUCAGUUAUCUUGAUAAAAACAUGAGUGAUGCCAUCAAGAAACUGGAUGAAAUUAAAGGAAAAGGGGGGAAUGCUCUUGCAAAAAAAGCUCCAAUCUUCACCCUGGUGUCAAAUACUGAAGAAGAGCUCCAAAUGGAAACCUUCAAUCUCUAUGAUCGAGGUCUAAUGUACAUCUUUACUGUGGAAGAGGAGCCUCGUUUCCCAUGGGAAGCUCUGGUGGUGUUCUUUCUUGGAGUUUUACAGAUUAUAGGAGGGGCACUGCUCACUGCAUUUACAUUUGGGACACUAGCUCAAGUCGGUAUGGGGCUCAUCACUGAAGGAAUCUCAGACUGUAUCACUGGCAUAAAGUCUAUGAUAACAGGAGAAUUCAGCUGGCAAUCAUGGGCAACAGAUAAAGCCAUUUCCAUUGCCGUCUCUCUCAUUGGGUUUGGAAUCGGAAAGCUGGUUUCAAAGGGCUUCAAAGCUGCUAAAACGUUAAUGAAGGGAUUUGACAAACAGCUAAAGGCAACGCCGAAGUUCUUUGCCAGUCAGGCUAAAGAGGGGUUUAGUGUUACUAUGAAGACUAAUAUGAAGAAUGCAGUAAAAGUUACUGCUAAAAAAAUCAUAGAGGAAACAGUUGGCUAUGGAAUUAGUAAGGCAGAGAAUGAAAUAAUUAACAAAAUACUGGAGGAAAUAGAAAAGGCAGUGAAAAAGGGAAUCAGUGACGAAGUGAAGUCCAGUAUGGCAAAGGAUCCCCUGCGUGCAAUAACAGAUUCAAUUAUACUCUCUCACAUUGACAAUAAACAGGAAUUCAAUGAUCUCCUGCAGGGCAAGAUAAUGAAUGAGAAAUUACAGGCCAUUUUCACAGAGCUCAGCAGCCGUGCUUUAGUGCCAUUUUCUGAAGACCUCAGCUGGAAAAACGAGCUUAAUUCAUCCAUCGCCAAAGCUCUUAACACCGUUAGGAAAAACACUGGAGGAAAACCUAUUCUGAAAGCUAUUCUGAUUGGUACACAAUUGGCACACAUGGGGGCGCUGGCAGCAGAUGCGACCGUUGCCGUGCUUACCCUCUCAGACACAUUUUUCAAAAGACUGCGUAAAGAGCUGGAAAAGCAUCAAAAGGAAAGAGCCAUUACUCAGAAAGUGCAGGCAAGUGACCGAUCAGACUCAGAGAAAAAGAUGCUGAAUGACUUCAGACAGGAUAUAUGCAACACCAUCAGCACUUUACUGGCAAAGGCUUUAGUUAAAGCAUUUCACCAGAAGUUCUCCAGUCACAUUGUUUCGAUGGCUCAGAGUGAAGCAAAUGGUGUCAUUGGGAACUAUGUGAGCUUGGCUAAAAUGACUGGGCACACAGAGAAAGUACUUGCAGCAGGGCAGAACAGUUCAUAUAUUGCACACAUGCCAAUCAGUGCACAGGCAGGAGGUACAGGGGAACAGUCAAAGUCGCAUGCUGAGAAGGUGAAGAAUUCAGCGAAUACUGGUAGCAAUGUUGAUAUCAGAGUCCUGUCAGAAGCCACCGGCACUGAGGUUGUGAUCUUAACAGAGGGAAAAGAUGGAAAGCUGACCAAAAUGCAGGAGAUGAACCCAAGCACUGAUGAUGCCAGUCAAACUGUGACACUGGUCUAUAGGCCCAAGAGUGACCAACACCCAGAUGGACAUUAUGAUGUGCAGAUCAAUAACAAGACCAUGAGUGUAGAGAACGGCGACCUGUAUCGUGCUAUGGCACGAGGCAUGAAACCAGACUCCAGUGACGAUGACAUUGCUUCAGCAGCAACUGACCUGCGAUCUAAAGAGGCUGAGGUCCUCACAGAAAAACCAAGACAAUGGGAGCCUUUUCUCCAACGUGAAAAGUGGAUUGAAGACCUAACAGUUGCAACCUGGUUCAAAUCAGAGGGGGCUGCAGAAUCACAGGACCAAAUAAAACAAAACAAAAAAAAAUUGUGGAACAUUAUGAAGGAGGAAAGUGAGAAAGUGAAAGGCCAAUCUAAUGUAAAAGACAAGAAAGGAACUGGAAAAAUCACCAAUGGAGAUAAACAGCCAUCAAAGAACAGUAUAUUGAAAGCUGGGCAUUUUAACACAGGGAGCAAAUUAAGUAAAGCGAUGUUUGAGGUCGCAACAGACUCAUCUGAACAUGCAAAAUGCAAACUUCCAGUUGUUUAUGCACCACAUGAGAGACAUAAUAAGUUAUCAACAGUAGAAUCUCCAGAGCUCAAGACGUUAUUGGCUAAAACCAUCAGCAAAGAUGACGUUGAGGGCACCUUCAAACUGACAAUCAUAGGCGCCAUGCCAACAUUUAUGAUGGAAAGAAAAUUUCAGAAUGAAGACAUGAGCUUGACCAGAUUGGAUGCUUUUGAGGACAGUUUUCCAGAGCAUGCUACAGAAAUGGUAAACACAUGGUUCAAACUCCUGGAAAGCAAAACAGAUCUCAUGAACCAGGACACUGCAGAAAGACUCAGACAUUGGAUCAACACUGAAGGAUACCUUGAUCCAAAUGAUCCCUACCGGAAACAAGUCACCAUGUAAAAAGUGGGAGUGGCCACACAUGAGCGGGGGACUGGCCAGAGGAUGUUAAAGGCCAGAUGAACUGCAGAUGAGUGGCUCUACAGGAAGAGUCUCCUCUUCCCUUCCUUCCUUUUGUUGACCUGCCUACAUCUGAUCAGCUGUGAUAUGUAGUGUUUAAAAAUGGCUGAAAUACAGCUGGUGGCUCUUGUUUAUAUGACCAGUUGUGACGGUGAUUAGGCUAUAAUGAGCUAUGAUUUAACAACUACAAUUUAGCUUACCUGAAGAAUCCCCCAUGAAGACAUGAUGCGCUCCUCAUACAGGUAUUUUAUGGGAUGAGAGCUGCUCUGUGGGCAGAACCUAGGGGAUAGGAAGCGUAGAACAAUAUAAUGUUGUCUGCUUAAGGGAGAUGACCUCUUAGCUAGUACAUGUGCUUGCAGGUUAAAUGUGCAUUGAUAAAUUGUAGAGAGUAAUUAAUAUUUCAUUAGGGUUACAAUUACAACAAAAGAUAAUUGGAUGCAGAUACAGCAAAGGGUCGAUUGAUUGAUUGAUUGAAAUUCUUUAUUGAUCAUUAAAAUACAAGUGGCCCCUCUAGCCAGAGACGCCCCAGAUACAGAAGUCAUCAAAAGGAUAAAAACACAAUAAAGCCCAAAGGCUUAUUUCCAUUGUGGUCCUUUUUAGGUCAGCUAACAUUAUCAAAAAUGGAAAGCUGAAAUGAACAUACCUUAUAUUUGUGCUCUAUUAGUGCUAUUAGCUAAUAACCAGUAAACUAACACUGCCUGAAUUGCUAAUUUUAGCAAAAUUGAUAAUGACCAAAAUUAAAAUAUAAAACUACAGACCAGUAAUCUAGUUAAUGUGUAUGGGAAUUAAUAACGUAUUAACACAAUUGAGUUUCACACAAUCUAACAUUAACUCAAUGGUGCUGGCCUAAGAGGAUGUGCAUCUGCCUUUUCCCAGUCUUUUUGGUCAAGUGACGAUGAUGAUUGGCCUGCUGGAGUAUUUUAUUCGUGUAAAAAGCACAUAGCAUGGGCUGUUUGCCGUUAAACAUCCUUUCAGACCAGCAGAUCGGAGGUGUGUAUUGCGGUGGAGUUUUAACAGUUUCUCUUGCUAGACAACACAAGAUAUUCUACCUCUACCUUGAUCUUCCUGUUGUUCUCUUGUUAGAAUUACUGCCCAUCAGCUGGAACCUUCAGUGUUCACUGAACACUGUACCUGGAAAUCUUAAAGGCAUACUAUGCAGGAUUUUUUACUUAUAUAGUAUAUAGUGUAUAUAGAAAUAGUGUAAAAUAACUUUGCUAAAGCAUAUCUAUGAUGCCCUGGGAAUCUCAGUCUUUACGUACUUUUGUAUGAGGCUGAAUGAAUAUUUUCUAAACUUUCUAUAUAUUAUUCUUUCUAUUUCUUACUCUACACCUCAGAAACUUUGGGGGGCAUUACUCUGGAAUACGGAUUGUUUAAUUUGUGUGAGGUAAGAUAGCCUAUAUUGUUUCUUGUCAGUUGCCGUAAUGAUAUCAUUGAUAUUUUGAUAUCAUUAUUUUUUAAUGCAGGCCUAUAUUUUUGCCAGUUUUAAUUAAUGACUUAUCGACAGUGCUUUUUAUGUGUGUGUAACUGGUGAAAACAUGUUUUUCAUCAGAUUUUCAAUAUCUCUGACCACCUCAAAUCUUCGCUGAACAUCUUGCUUGUAGUGCUUGAGGUGUGUUCUCAACAGGGGGUGGGCUGGGUUGAGGAGACGCAUUUAAUUACAGCAGGGGUGCACAGCUCCGGUUCUGGGGGGCCGGUGUGCAUGCUGGUUUUUGUUCCAAGCAAUUACCCUACUUUUAGUUUUUUGACAGCUCUAUAAACUAGGCUGGUUAAUUUCUGGACUUGAGCACAGUAAACUCUAGCUACAGGCUACAGUACGUUACUGUCAUUCGAAAUAAGUUGGAGUUGGCUAGCGACGUUGUUUCAACAAGCUUGUAGAUGGCUAAGAAGGCGAAGCUAAAAUGAUAGAUUCUUAGCUAGCGUUAAUAAUAUUGCAGGUAAUAAGUAGCUAACGCUAGCUAAGUUCUAGCUGUCAUGUUUAAACUACGGUUAAUUUCUGCAUCAGUUUCACCAGAAGCCCCCGACCCAAAGGCAAAUACCGAUUUUCAGAGACCGUUAUAACGUUGUCGCUACACUGAAGUAGCAAGCGAGAGCUAAACUAACGCAGGUAGACAUAGGGUGGUAAUAUAAUCAUUUGACAUGCUUA